AUGGCACGGCUGGCAUUGGCCAGGCGAGGGGAGGCGGGGUCCGAGAGUCGGUGCUCGUGCUGCUGCCACUCCUGGCGCCUUCGCCACCGAAUGCGAAGGUCCGCCGCGGGCCGCGAGGCGCGGCACGCGGGUCUGCACGCGAGCAGGUGCGGAGAGUGGGUGGGCUGCGGUUUUCUUCCCCCUGGCCAGCGGGUGUCAAAGGGUUCUCAUGCCUCUAAUGCUGCUGCGAGGAGCUCCGAAUGGGGCGGAGUCUUUGCCAGGUCAGUGGUGCCGAGCGUGGCCAACUCCUGUCAGGUGGAGCCUUGA